GAGACACACACCCGGCUGCGGGGCGUCUCCUGCAGCUCUGUUACCCCCCGGGGGUGAGCUUUUGUGCUGCCGGUCCUGUUGUUUCAGGGCGGAUGGAGAUCGGUCUGCGCUUUCUGUUCCUGGUGGCUGUGAUCGGCCUCUGCAGGGCCCGGGAGGUUCUGGUCCCGGAUGGCCCGUUGUACCGAGUGGAAGGAACCUCCAUCUCCAUCCCCUGCAAUGUCAGCGGAUACGAGGGCCCCUCCGCGCAGCACUUCGAGUGGUUUGUGUACCGGCCGGCGGCCCCUGAAAUCCCCAUCUCCAUCGCAAGCACCAAGGACCCGGAUUUCUCAUACGCCGUGUUUGCCCCCCGCGUGCGCAGCGGAGACGUGUACAUCCACCGCGUGAGCGGGGACAGCGCCGAGCUCAGGAUCAGGCGCCUUCUGAGGGGGGACGGCGGGGUGUACGAGUGCUACACCCCCUCCACCGACGCCAAGUAUCUCGGCAGCUACAGCGACAAAGUCCUCCUAAAAGUUAUUUCAGAUACUCUCCAGGUUUCUGCCAGAUCUGCUCCCCAGGGGAGGCUGGCCUCAGCGCCACCUCUGCAGGUAACCCUGACGGAGGGCAGGGAGCUGCAUCUCACCUGCGCAGCGCAGAGCUCCUCGGAGCAGCACACGCACCUCUCCGUCUCGUUUGGAGUGACUGCCCCCAACGCCCCUGUUGGCAGAGAGACCCUGCAGGACAUAGUGUCCGUGCGGCGAGAUUUCGGCGUAGAGCCCUCCCCGGUGUAUGAGGAGCGAUACCGGAACGGAGAGAUAAGAGUAGAGAAAGCCGACGGCCCUACCUACAAGAUGGAGAUCUCCCGGGCUCAGCCGCGUGACUCGGGCACGUACCAUUGCACGGCGGCACAGUGGAUCCAGGAUCCAGAUGGCAGCUGGCAAAAAAUCACAGAGAAAAGAUCUGUACUGGCUGAGGUGGCCAUCCAAAGUAUAGACUCUCUGCUGAAGGUGAGUGCUCGUCCUCCAGAGCUGCAGGUGCGUUCUGGGGACGCGCUGGAGAUCCUCUGCGACGUGUCGGUGUCUCCCCCUCCUCCUCCACAUGUGGCAUUUUCCAUUGAAUGGUGGGUGUCCUCCACCGGGGACUCUGGGGAACACCUCGUGGCUGCGAUGGCCACAGACGGGGUGGUGGCACUGGGAGAACGGUACACCAGCUAUGAUGUUGGCGAGAGGCACAUCUCCCUGGAGAAGCUCUCACCAAACCCUGGCGUUUAUCGUCUCCGGAUAUACUCUGCCCAGCCAGGAGACGUGGGAUCGUACAGCUGCCGAGUCAAGGCGAUGGUGUCGUACCGCGGCCAAAGGCUCGUCCAAGUAGCCGGCAAGGUGUCCCAGGCUGUGGCUGUGGUGACGACAACGCAAGAUGUUACUCUGAACGCACAUCUGUUCACGGGCUCCCCGACCCUGCACCGCGGAGACACGGCCGUCCUGCUCUGCAACGUGACGGUGGACACGGCGCAGCCGGUACAUGUGGCCGUCAGCUGGUGGGUGGAGUCGACAGGCGAGAUGCCGCAAGAGACAAGCGCGCAUUUCUUAGCCUCUGUGAACCGAGACGGAGUGUCCGAGACAGGGGAGCGUGCUUCUGGAAGAGACCUGAGCAUGGACAAGGUGGGGCCACAGACCUACCGGCUUCGUCUAUAUGACAUCCAGUCAAAAGAUGAGGGGAAUUACCACUGUGCCGUAAACGCCUGGAUCCAGUACCCCGACCGCAGCUGGUACAACGCCAUGUCUGCCGCGUCCAACUCCGUCAUCGUGUUUCCGUACUCACGGGUCAAGGACCUGCUUCUGAUUCCCAUGAUCAGCGGCGUGGCGAGCGCCUUACUCGUCGGGAUCACCGUAAUGUCUACAGUCACGUGCUGCUAUAUCAGACACCUACGGAACCGCAAGAGGUGAAGCAGCGCCAGC